AAAUCUUCCCUUCUCAUAUCCAAAAAAAAAAAAAAAAAAAAAAAAACUUAAUAAAUAAAUAAAUCUUCCCUUCAAAGAAACGCAAAGAAAACCAGUCAACUUUACGAAGCAACCAACUUUCUCUAGGAAACUCGUCUCCCAUUCAAAAGUAAUUGUUUACAGUCAUGGAUCACUGAGAAAAUUAGGGUUUCCACCGAUCAUUUUAAGCAGUUUAAUUUCAAAUUGAGCUUUUGAUUGGGGAAAAAAUGGCGAAGGCUGGAGGAAUCACAAAUGCAGUGAAUGUAGGAAUUGCUGUACAAGCUGAUUGGGAAAAUCGAGAAUUCAUUUCUCAUAUUUCCCUCAACAUUCGCCGUCUUUUCGAUUUUCUUGUCCAAUUUGAGGCUACAACAAAGGGUAAACUAUCAGCACUGAACGAGAAGCUUGAUACACUAGAGCGACGUCUUGAACUGCUUGAAGUCCAAGUGAGUACUGCAUCAGCCAACCCUUCUGUUUUCAAGUGAUGUACUGUGUAUUAUCUAGGAAAGAGUUCAUCUUAAAAUGCCUACUUAGCUGCUACGAUAGCUAAUUAGAUGGACAGUAUGUCCUUGUAUCUUCCCUGCCAUAAAUUCUCAUUAGGAGUGAUAAAUAACUUAACGCUCGAUUUCUUUUGUGUAUCAAUUAUUCUCUCAUCAGUAAUCGUUGACUGUCCAGAAUAAACAAUCGUUGAAAGUGGAACAUUGCUGCCUGCUUACUCCACUUUCAUCUCUUUUGUUGCACUAUCUUAAAUUUUGAUCUACAAUGCCUGCUUAUUGCUUUGGCGGCAAGGCAUCAACGA